UUCAACACCUAUGAUUUCCUUCCACCAAUCUACUGUCAGUCAACGGUAAAUAUUAUCAGUUUUCGCUGAACGACUUCAGACCUAAUGAGGUCAAAGACAAAGACUUCCGAUCCGGACAAGGUAGAAGUGAAAAAGUACAAACAUUAAUCAAGAAAGAUGCACUUACAUACUUGGAUAGCUCCUACUUAAAAUCCAAGGUCGUGAGACUACCGAAUGAUAAAUACAAUCAAUAUCUCGUCCUAGUAUUACCACAUUCACACAAAGACAUAAAGGACGUUAUUAAGAAACUUGAAGACUCUAAAACGUUCAGGUCGACAGUAGUUAAUUUAGAAGGAGGGCAGGUUUCUGCUGUUAAUCUGCACAUACCGAUUGUAACCGAAGGUUAUACCGAGGACAUGAAGAGGACUCUGGAUAAGACUGUGAAAGUAACUAAAGUAUUCGACCCUAAAACAUCUGGAUUAAAUAACGUAUACAACAAGGAUGAAACAACUUACGUGUCUAAAGCCUUAUCGACGGUUAUAUUUGAUAUGAGCAGCUUCCAAAUAGAACCGGAACCUUCAAGAGACGAACUGAAGAGACGGGCUGGUUACCCACACGUGCUACGUGACCAUCAUUUCAAAGCUGACCAUCCUUUCAUUUUCUACCUUAUAUCCGGGAACAUUCCCGUGUUGAGCGGUGUUAUAGCUUGA